UAAUUUAAAUUGUAAGUCAAAACUGUUUAUGCAUUUACAAAGAGAUGUUAUAGGUGCACAAUUGUGAAGAAGCCAAGACUAUAUAAAGGGGUGAAUCGCACUUAAACUUUCAAAACAAACAUAUUUCAAAGAGAAAGCAGCUGCAACAUUGAUAAAAGAUGGGAACUCCACUCAUCUUUGCAAUGGCAUUUUGCCUAAUAGCUAUGAGCAUUAAUAUUAAUGCUGCUGCUGAUAAACCUUAUUAUGAAUCCCACCCAAAUUACUACUAUCCACCACCACCUCCAAAGCAUGCAGAAUAUCCACAAUCAGGAUACACACAUUCAAAAUUACACUCACACUACCAUCACAAAUUAACUCCAUCAUAUACAUACAAAUCUCCACCCCCACCUUCUCCUUCACCACCUCCGCCUUAUGCCUACAAGUCACCACCUCCAAAGCAUGGAGAGUAUCCACAAUCAUCGUACGCACACGCAAAAUCACAGUCACCCUACCAUCACAAAUUAACUCCAUCAUAUACAUACAAAUCUCCACCCCCACCUUCACCUUCACCACCUCCUCCUUAUGUCUAUAAGUCACCACCUCCUCCAUCUCCCUCACCACCGCCUCCAUAUGUUUACAAGUCACCACCUCCUCCAUCUCCCUCACCUCCUCCACCGUAUGUCUACAAAUCUCCUCCACCUCCAUCACCAUAUAUCUACAAGUCUCCCCCCCCUCCAUCACCACCUCCUUCGUAUGUCUACAAGUCUCCACCACCGCCAUCUCCUUCUCCUCCACCACCGCCAUCUCCUGCUCCUCCACCACCGUAUGUCUACAAGUCUCCACCACCGCCGUCUCUUUCGCCACCUCCUCCAUAUGUUUACAAGUCUCCACCACCACCAUCUCCUUCUCCUCCUCCACCAUACGUUUAUAAGUCUCCACCACCGCCAUCUCCUUCACCACCUCCUCCCUAUGCUUACAAGUCUCCACCACCACCUUCCCCUUCGCCUCCACCACCAUAUGUCUACAAAUCUCCACCGCCGCCAUCUCCGUCACCACCACCGCCGUAUAUUUACAAAUCUCCUCCUCCACCAUCUCCUUCACCGCCUCCUCCAUAUGUGUACAAGUCUCCACCUCCACCUUCUCAUUAUGUCCGCAAACAUCCACGUUAUCAUGUUCCCCACCUCUAUAACUCUCCACCACCUCCUCCACCAUAUGUCUACAAAUCUCCACCACCACCAUCGCCAUCACCACCACCACCGUAUAUUUACAAGUCUCCUCCUCCACCAUCUCCUUCACCGCCUCCUCCAUAUGUGUACAAGUCUCCACCUCCACCUUCUCCUUUGCCGGCAUAUAUUCAUAAAUCGCCUUCACCUUCUCAUUAUGUCCGCAAGCAUCCACCUUAUCAUCUUCCCCACCUCUAUAACUCUCCACCACCUCCUCCACCAUAUGUUUACAAAUCUCCACCACCGCCAUCCCCAUCGCCACCACCACCGUAUAUUUACAAGUCUCCUCCUCCACCAUCUCCUUCACCGCCUCCUCCAUAUGUGUACAAGUCUCCACCUCCACCUUCUCCUUUGCCGGCAUAUAUUCAUAAAUCGCCUUCACCUUCUCAUUAUGUCCGCAAGCAUCCACCUUAUCAUCUUCCCCGCCUCUAUAACUCUCCACCACCUCCUCCAAGAGUCUAUUGAUGCAGUUUGUUCAAUAAAAUCAUGCCAUACAUUAUGGCAAUUUACAAUUUAUAUUCCUUAAUAUCAGGGUCUACAUCAAAGAGCCUUGUUAUAAAUGUAGCCCUGUUCUGUCGUUGACUCAAAAGUUUGUUUUGUUCCUAAACAUUAUUCAUAAUAUAUAUUAGAUAUUGUAAUUGUUGUUAAGUUUCUACUUCUGUAUUUCUAUGAUAUGAUGCCCUUCUCCUUUGAAAUGAAAUUUUUAUUUAAUAA